AUGUGUUUUUUCAAUGAAAAUAUCCAUCAUCCACUAACUAAGGAGUGGGACCGUGGUUGCCGUCAAUUGAGACAUGACCAUUUUGACUGGGUCAAACUGCAUGUUGGCGGGGUCUGCAGAGCACCAUGCGUCUCUGGGAAUUUGGAGCGUUGUAUUCCCAAGAACACCUUUGAUGCUUCAAAUGAUUUUUGGACAAAGUUCAAAAAAGUUGAUGAGGCAGUGCUGUUUUCAACGCAAUACUGUUACACGCACAAUCAGCAAUGUCGCCUUGACAAAGGGAGUGACUUAGAGGUAGCGGGCUUACCCUGUUGGGAUUACAGUUUGGUGGGCAAGCUCUUGGGUGAAAAUGGUCCCACCAUCGGGGCUUUUCUGACCCAUGCAAAGCGUCAUGUGGCAGUCGGCACACCUUUGAUCAUCAUCGAAAACGUCAAGGUACAGAAAGACAGGCCACUCUGUUUGAAGUACUUGCUGACGAAAAGGGAAAAAGAAGUCCUGCAAAAGCUGAAAAAGGACUACAAAAAGAGGUGGCCCGAUGGAACCCGGCUUCCUCUGGAACCUGAAGAAGAAGAUGGGCCGUCUGCCUCAGAGCCAGAAGAGACAAAGCGCAAAGGGAAGAAUCCAAAGCCAGCUGCGAAAAGCAAGGCAAAGCAGAAGGAACCAAAGAGGAAGGCGAAGAAGUCAGAUAGUGGUCGCACGGUGGAUACGGAGUACUACAAUCAUCCAUCCCUGCAGGACAUGCCUAACUGCCAUUUCAGAUUGUGGCUAUCCACAGCGGAACCCAACAAGUUGAACAGCUGCGUGACCAAGAAAGUUGAACGAGAAGUCCUGUUCUUGCUGAUGGCUUUCUGCUUUGGGUUUGGGCCGAGCGACCCACCGACAGAGAGAAAGAAGGAAAAGAUGCUGGACACAGUGACUCAGGAGUACAAGCGAAGAGGAAAACCUUUGGCCCACACAGGCUGGGGCCCAGAAGAAGUGAGGGCAUACAUGGUGGAGUAUAUGAAAAAGGUGCAGCCUGGAGGUGACAUCGGAGCCUACUCACGACAGCUUCCGAAAAAGAUCUCAUCCACCCAACCUGCACCCCUACCAGACUGGGUGAAGAAAAGAAAGAAGAAGGGCUGUGAAGAGGAUGAGGAGGAGGCUACGGAAAGCGGUGAUAGUGGGUCAGAGGCAGAGGAUGAUGAUGGCGUGGGUGAUGAAGGAUGGAUUGUGGUGAAGAAAAAACAGAAGUACUACCUUACCCACAAGCCAACCAAAGAAACAGUUGAGCUGGGCUCUCCAGAAGAAGACUCGGUCUGGGAAGUGAGGAAUGACAAAGAUGAAGAAAUGGAUUACUUGUGGCAGGACGGCAACGAUGAUUUCGAUGAAAUUCCGUGCAGGGAUUUUUUCAACGAAGUCAAGGCACCGGAAAAGCCCAAAGAUCUUCGCUCUGACAAGCCGGAGCCAUUGAAAGGAAUGAAACCAAAACAAGGAGCUGAGACCGGCAAGCAGAAGGGAAAGGUAAAGCAGGAGCACGACAACAAGAAGGACACGCAAGAGGAAGAAUUUGGUGCUGACAGUUCAGAGGAGGAAGCAGAAGCAAGCAAGACUGAUGAGAAGGAUUCCAAGCCCGCCCCAUUUGUGGACACGGAUGGCUCAGGGAAAAUGUACCUGAUUUUUCCUGUUGAAAGCAAAGAAUUGAAGCUACCCGUGGACACCUGCCAAGAUUGGGAGGUGACCACUGAAGGCACAGGUCCUGAGACGAGGCAUUGGCUAAAGUCAAAGUCUGGCAAGGAAAAGAGCAGGGAUUGUGAGGUUCUUAUGGCAGGCAGGAAAGUGAAAGAUAUUACAGACGAAAGCAGGCUACUCAAAGUCAAGGCAGCACAGGAAAGGCAGACAAAGAAAGGCAUGACAGACAGUGAGGCUGAAGAAGGUGGUGUGGAGCCAGAAUGGAAGAUCACGCUUCGUCAGAGUAUUGAAAAAGAAAUGCGAGAAGACCUCGAGAAAAGAAAGGCAGAAGAGAAAGCAUUGAAAGAACAGAGGGAGAAGGAAUUGAGGGAGAGGCUGGAAAAUGAGAGAGUUGCUCAAGAGAAAGCAGCCACCAUUAGCCAGAAGGAAAAGGAUGCGGCACGACAAAGAGAAAAAGCAGCUGCAGAUGAGAAGCGCAAGCAAGAGGAUAAAGCCAGGAUGAAAGAGGAAGAACUUGCAAAGGAGGAGGAACAGCGUCUUAGGAAGAAAAUUGAGGAUGAAAUGAGGGAAGAGCUGCGACAGAAACUUGCAAAGGAGGCUGCAGAAAAGGAGGCGGCUGAGAAAGCCAAAGACGCAGAGAAGAAAGAAAUGGAUGAAAAGAAAGACGAAAAGACGAAGGAUGAACCGAAAGACGAAAAGCCAAAGAGUGAAAAGCCAAAGGAUGAAAAGGCAAAGAAAGAGGAAAAAGAUGAAAAAGAUGGAAAGGGUGAGAAGCCGAAGGGGGAGGCAGCUGGGCCGUUUGCCAAGGGGCGUAGCGAAGUGGAUGGAUGCAGAAGUGAAAGAAAUGAGAAAACGGGAUAG